AUGAGCAUGCUCAACAUGAACUUUUUGCUGUCCGUUGGCGUGGCUGCUGCCGUCUUGCCUGUGCGCUCGUUCCACGCCACCCAAGCCUCGUUCGGUGGUGGUCACAGUGCCGACCAGUCGCCGACUGCCCCGAAGCAUGCCGUCCGCACAAAGCGCCCGGACAUUGCCAACCCGCCCAAGCACGAGCUGUUCAACAAGAUUCUCAUCGCCAACCGUGGUGAGAUUGCUUGCCGUAUCAUGCGCACCUGCAAGCGCCUUGGUAUUCAAACGGUGGCCGUCCACUCUGAGGUGGAUGCCCAAACUCUGCAUGUUCAGCUUGCUGAUGAGGCGUACUGCGUCGGCCCUGCCCCGACCAACGAUUCGUACCGCAACGCGACCGCCAUCAUUGAUGCCGUUCGUCAAAGUGGUGCUCAGGCCGUCCACCCAGGCUAUGGUUUCCUCUCCGAGAACAACCAUUUUGCCGCUCAGCUCGAGCAGCUUGGCGUGACCUUCAUUGGCCCGCACUCUGGCGCCAUUGACGCCAUGGGUGACAAGAUUCACAGCAAGAUUCUUGCCACCGAGGCCAAGGUCAACGUCAUUCCCGGCUAUAACGGCGUUGUGAAGGACGCCGAUCAUGCCAUCAAGAUUGCGCAGGAGAUUGGCUAUCCAGUCAUGGUGAAGGCUUCUGGCGGCGGCGGUGGCAAGGGCAUGCGUGUUGCUUGGAAUGACGAGGAGGUGCGCGAGGGUUUCAAGCUGUCGGCGGCCGAGGCCGCGUCGUCGUUUGGCGAUGAUCGUCUCUUUGUCGAAAAGUUCAUCGACAACCCGCGCCACAUUGAGAUCCAGGUUCUUGGCGACAACCACGGCAACGUUGUCUACCUGAACGAGCGCGAGUGCUCCAUCCAGCGCCGCAACCAAAAGGUCAUUGAGGAGGCGCCCAGCAGCUUCAUCGACCCUGAGACCCGCGCCAAGAUGGGCCAGCAAGCCGUCAUGCUCGCCAAGGCCGUCAAGUACAACUCUGCUGGCACGGUCGAAAUGAUGGUCGACUCGAAGCGCAACUUUUACUUUUUGGAAAUGAACACUCGUCUCCAAGUCGAACACCCGAUCACCGAGUACAUUACUGGAGUCGAUCUUGUCGAGCAAAUGAUCCGCUCUGCGGCCAAUCGCCCCCUCUCGUUCACUCAAGCCGACGUCAAGCUGAACGGCUGGGCGUUCGAGUCGCGCGUCUACGCAGAAGACCCCACUCGCUUCCUUCCUUCCAUUGGCAAGCUGCAAACCUAUGCUGAGCCCGUGGAUUACACUGGGCAAAACCUUGUUCGCUGCGACAGUGGCAUUGUGGAAGGCAGCAACAUCAGCAUCUACUACGAUCCCAUGAUCUGCAAGUUGAUCACCUACGGCCCGGACCGUCAGUCGGCGCUGCAGACGAUGCGCGAAGCUCUUGACAGCUACGUCAUUCGUGGUGUCACGCACAACAUUCCUAUUCUGCGCGACAUGAUCGACCAUCCUCGCUUCAUCUCUGGCGACAUCUCGACCAAGUUCAUCCAAGAAGAGUACCCCACGGGCUUUGCCAAGCGAGAACUGAAGGAUUUGCAGCUUCAUCAUCUCCUUAGCACGGCCGCUGCUCUCAAGGCGACCGAGCUUGUCGACAAUGUGUCGUUCCAAAGCAAGGUUGCUCGUCAAGAUGUCGUCUCCGAGGUCGCCUCUGGAGUUGAGGCGCAAGAGUACGUGGUUUUGCUCGAUGGCGCCCCACAUCGCAUCAUCCUUUCGUCCGUUGAAGGAAUGUCUCAGGUUGAGUUUGAGGAUGGCUCGAAACUCGCAGUCUCUGAAGACAGCGAAGCACCCACCAACCAUAUCCGUGUCCGCCACUUUAUUGUGGAGGAACCUUGUGAGCACGAGGACGAAGAGCUUGUCGACGAAACGGCUGCGGCUUCCGAGGAUGUCGAGUUUGAAGACUCGCACGAUCACAUUUCUGAUGUCGUCACCAUCCAGAACCUUGGCUCCAUCCCCGGCGGCUUCAAGAUUGGCUAUUUGGGCGGCGUGUACGAUGUGGUCUUCCUGACACCUCGUGAGUACGAGCUGUCCAAGCUGAUGCCCAAGAAGGCGAAGGCCGACACGAGCAUGAUGGUGGUUUCGCCCAUGCCUGGCACUGUUGUGACGAUUGCAGUGGCCGCUGGUGAUUCUGUUGUCGCUGGUCAAGAGGUGGCAGUGGUGGAAGCCAUGAAGAUGCAAAACUCGCUUCGUGCUCAACGCACUGGCAAGAUUAAGAAGGUUUUCGUCAAGCCAGGGCAAACCCUCGCCUCCGAGGAGCUCAUUAUGGAGUUUGAGAAGGAAUGA